UAAAAAUGUGUAUAGAAAUUAUAAUUCUUUUCUAUCUUAUUGUCACUUUUACUAGUACGAUAUUUGAAGUAUGUUACCUUGACAACGACGUUUGUUGAUUGGCGCGUUCAGUACUAGUCGUUUGUGUCUAAUAUCAAUCUGAAGGAUAUUUUCACUCGAUUAGAAAAAUGGAUGGUUGUUUUGGUUAUCACGAAUUGAAAGCAUUACAGGAAUUAAUUAAUCCUCUUAAAAAUGAUUCAGAUUCUGAGGAUGAUUUACCACAGGCUGGCGCUCGGAAACUUGGACCUGGCGAUAUCGGUACUCGAAAUGGAAAGUUUCAAGACCGUUCGGGCCCACAUGCACCGCUGAAAGCGGAAGUUGAUGAUAUUUGGCAUCCGUCUGAAGCAGUUGCUUCGCAGAGUACGGAAGCCUACGAUCCAAGAAAGGUGCCGGAUUAUGAGAUGAAAUUUAAGCAGGCGGUGACGGCGGAAGACGUCUUUUUGGGCAUGGGUUUCAAAACGCCAGGGACCGCAUCCUGCGAGUGGUUGUCCGUAUUGGUGAAGAUGCCGCAGGAAGUGCGCGAGAAAAUCGAGCUGUCCGUGGAAACCGAAGCGAUCGACGUGCGGAGCCCAAGAUAUCGACUGCAUCUCGAGACGCCACAUCCGGUUGAUCCUAACGCUUCAUCGGCCAAAUGGCAUAGUGAUAUUUCUACCUUAGAGGUCACCCUCAGACUUGUACGCGAGCUGGACGGUGUAAAUUUUUAAUCAACGUUACGGUAGGCUUUUAAUUUCGACUCUUAUAAAAACUUGAGGGACUUCUGUAUCGAUCGCGAUUAGUAUCUUCGCAUCUGUGUACAUUACUGUUCCUAAAAUUAGUCAUGUUAAAUCAUGUUAAGGGCUGAUCCUUGAUAUUCGAACUUUGUUAUUUUUUAAAAUCUUUUAACCGAUGAAUGUCUUCAAUUAUUGAAAAGUAAUAUUUGUAAAAUUUAAUAUUAAUAUUACUUUAUAUAUAACAAUACCUAUUUAAUUUUAUGUUACCUAUUUGAUUUAACUAUACUUAUAUAACUAUAUUCUCUAAUAUCUUGUGGUAACAGUAACAUUUUGUUAAUUUCUGUAGUUGAUUUCUUCCUUUCUUUUGCGUUAUUUCUGUGAUUUCAAAUUUUCGAAUGGUAGUACAUAUUUAGUUUCUCUUUUAAUCUUCUGUCUCUCCAGUAAUGAAAUUGCCAUGCCCUUACAGAAACGAUUCUUUUACAGAAUCCAGAUCUCUAUUUUUAUUUUAAUUGUUUGACGGAUCGAAAAAGAGAUUCGUUAGUAAUAUAAGAAGUAUAACAUGUGAGAUGCAAUAUAUGGAUCGUAAUAUUGUACAUGAGAUGUUUGCUUGAAUGUACAGGAUAAAAGCAUUAUUUGUUUAUAAUAUUUCUCUUCGUAUCGGAUUAAAGAUCGACGUAUUGUAUUCUCUUGUAUUGUAUUCUUGCCGUUAAGGCAAAUGAUAUUCAUAUUGAGAGUUGCGUUUUAGAAUGUGAAAUAAAUAUCUGCUGGGUACAUAUUAUACAACUUCA